AUGAAGUUCUUCAUCGAUGACCUCCCGGUGCUGUUCCCGUAUCCGCGGGUGUAUCCGGAACAGUAUGCCUACAUGUGCGACCUGAAAAAGACUCUGGAUGCUGGCGGCCAUUGCGUGCUAGAGAUGCCUUCAGGCACUGGCAAGACCGUCUCUCUCUUGUCGCUCAUUGUAGCCUACCAACAGCAUUAUCCGGAGCACCGAAAACUCAUCUACUGUUCCCGUACAAUGUCCGAGAUCGAAAAGGCACUGGCCGAAUUGAAGGCUCUGAUGAAGUUUCGUACCCAAGAACUCGGCCACGCCGAGGAUUUCCGCGGGCUAGGCUUGACCAGCAGAAAGAACCUGUGUUUGCACCCUUCGGUCAAGCGCGAGAAGAGUGGCGCUAUUGUUGAUGCCAGGUGCAGGAGCUUGACGGCGGGUUUUGUCAAGGAGAAGAAGGAAAAGGGCGAGAACGUCGACGUCUGUGUCUACCACGAUAACCUGGAUCUAUUGGAACCACAUAAUUUAAUCCCCAAUGGUGUCUGGACACUGGAAGGCCUCCUCAGAUAUGGAGAAGAUCACAAGCAGUGUCCCUAUUUCACGGCCAGGCGCAUGAUGCAGUACUGCAACGUCAUCAUCUACUCCUAUCACUACCUCCUAGACCCCAAGAUUGCCGAGAGAGUGUCGAAAGAAUUCUCAAAAGACUGCAUCGUUGUCUUUGAUGAGGCGCACAACAUAGACAACGUCUGCAUCGAGUCCCUCAGCCAAGACAUCACCGAGGAUUCGCUCCGGAAAGCGACCCGAGGUGCGCAGAAUCUGGAGCGCAAGAUCAACGAGAUGCGAGAGACAGACCGGGCACAAUUGGAGAGCGAAUAUCAAAAGCUGGUCGAGGGUCUCCGGGAUCAGGAUGAAGCACGACAGGAAGAUGCCUUCAUGUCCAACCCCGUGCUACCAGACGAUCUGCUGAAAGAGGCCGUGCCAGGCAACAUCCGUCGGGCGGAGCAUUUUGUCGCCUUUCUCAAGAGAUUCAUCGAGUACCUGAAGAGCCGGAUGAAAACCCGAAGGGUCACGUCCGAGACACCCACCUUCUUCCUCGACCAUUUGAGAGAGCACACAUUUAUUGAAAAGAAGCCCCUUCGGUUUUGUGCCGAGCGACUCACAUCCUUGGUCCGGACCCUUGAACUGACCAAUAUUGAAGACUACCAGACCCUGCAAGAGGUUGCCACUUUUGCAACCCUUGUGGCGACUUACGAAAAGGGCUUCUUGCUCAUACUCGAACCAUUUGAAUCGGAUACCGCAGAGGUACCGAAUCCGGUGCUCCAUUUCACCUGCCUGGAUGCGGCCAUUGCCAUCAAGCCCGUUUUUGAUCGGUUCAGUUCCGUCAUCAUCACCUCGGGCACCAUCUCCCCGCUGGAAAUGUACCCAAAGAUGCUCGGAUUCAGCGCCGUGAUCAUGCAAUCUUACACAAUGACGCUAGCGCGCAAGUCUUUCUUGCCCAUGAUCGUCACUCGCGGGAGUGAUCAGGCGCCCGUGUCGACGAGCUUCCAGGUGCGAAACGAGCCCAGUGUGGUGCGCAACUACGGAAACCUCUUGACCGAGUUUGCCCGAGUCACGCCCGACGGAAUGGUCGUCUUCUUCCCAUCCUACCUUUACAUGGAGUCCAUCAUUAGCAUGUGGCAAGGAAUGGGCAUUCUCGACCAAGUCUGGAAGUACAAGCUGAUCCUGGUCGAGACGCCCGACGCUCAGGAGACGUCAUUAGCGCUAGAAACUUACCGCACUGCUUGCUGCAACGGCCGUGGUGCUGUGCUUCUCUGUGUCGCACGUGGCAAGGUGUCGGAAGGUAUCGAUUUCGACCACCACUACGGACGGACUGUGCUGUGCAUGGGCGUGCCGUUUCAGUACACGGAAUCUCGAAUCCUCAAGGCUCGGUUGGAGUUUCUACGGGAGACGUACCGGAUCCGCGAAAACGACUUCUUGUCCUUUGACGCCAUGCGACAUGCCGCCCAGUGCUUGGGACGUGUCUUGCGAGGCAAGGACGACUACGGUAUCAUGGUGUUGGCUGACCGUCGUUUCCAAAAGAAGCGCGACCAGCUACCCAAGUGGAUUGAGCAGGCCAUGCAGGAAGUUGACGUUAAUCUCUCGACGGAUAUGGCCGUCCUAGCAGCAAAGCGCUUCUUGCGUGACAUGGCACAACCCUUCCGCUCCAAGGACCAGGAAGGGAUAAGCACCUGGAGCAUUGACGACUUGAGAAAACACCAGGCGCAGAUGGACGAGGAGCACAUUGCCGAACUCCAGAGAGAACACGAGGAGACCAUGGCCCAGCGGGUCCGGUCGCAACAACAAGCUGCCGUCAUGGCACUUGAUGACGACUAUGACAUGGACGAAGACGACGAGAGAGAAAUGAUGGAAAUUGAUGGCGUGGCAUGA